CCAAAAUCAUCAAAAUUUCAAACCUUCAAAACAGAAACUUAACAAUCCACAAUCAUGUCAGGAAGAGGGAAAGGAGGAAAGGGGUUGGGAAAGGGAGGAGCAAAACGACACCGUAAGGUUCUCCGGGACAACAUUCAGGGCAUCACCAAACCGGCGAUCCGACGGUUGGCAAGACGUGGGGGAGUGAAACGUAUAAGCGGUCUGAUAUAUGAGGAGACUCGUGGUGUUCUCAAGAUCUUUCUAGAAAAUGUAAUUCGUGACGCCGUUACCUACACAGAGCAUGCUCGCCGGAAAACUGUUACUGCUAUGGAUGUGGUUUAUGCAUUGAAGCGUCAGGGUCGCACUCUGUACGGUUUCGGUGGUUAGGGUGAGGGAAGUUAGAUCUGGAGUGUUUGAUUUUUGUUUUGUGAUGUAUGAUAGUUAAUGGAAUGAAAAGUUAGAUUUGAUUUCAUGAUAUUCGAAAUUUGUAUUUUGUUUUAUACUGAGCUUUCAUUGUGGCAUUUUGUCGAAAUAGUGAAGGAGGUCUGUUAUGUA